CUAUAAUCACACACAGACUGUUUGCACGUGGCUUCCUUUGCAGGGAGUGCAAGCUGAGGCCCCAAAGUCAUUACUUAAAUCCUCACCACCACCAGCACCACCAUGGCCUCCGCUGAGUCGUCCUAUACUCGCUGGGAGACUCUCGAAGACGAGCAAGUUACAGUCAGUGACGUUCAGGACACUCUUGCCCCAGCAAACGAUGACCUAUGGGUGGCAGCAGCCUGCGUCGACCGAUUCGUGGGCGACGAAGUAGUUCAGCGUUCACUCAUCGAGCUUGGAAUCAAGCGAACAAGCGUGGCUGUGGAGAGGUGCAAAGAGGUCAUUCUCUUACCAGCUGGAAGUUCUGACGCUGUAAAUGGGCCUAAAGAACUGCUUAGCGUGUACUUCAAUGACACGCCUGAAGAUGCACAACUCUGCCAAAUUCGAACCACUCUACUCGAGCGCCUCGAUAGACUGAACUCCUUCGCUGAGAUCCGCAAGGAACUUCUGGAGAAGAAGAGAGACGAAGAAGACAAGCCAAGUAUCGACGCAGAAUGGGAAGAUGACCCUUGGGAAGAGGAAGGGGAAUCUUCCACCAUUGCUCACGCAGCAAGUCCUGUUCAGCCUCCUAUACCACUGCAAGACUUUUUGGCAGAGGAUAUCCUGGAUAUGGCAUGCUUCUUCGCCUCGCAGGAGUAUUUCGACGCUUUACGAACUCUUCUGACGUACCACAGCUCGCAUCUAUGGCCGUACCGCUUCGCCAUUCUGGAAAGCAUACCAUGUCAUUCCAAUCCUUCCGAAUAUCGUGACUUUCUUCCUGCUUAUGAUGCGGCCACAGACAAAGAGCUUACAAGUCCGUCACGCAGAUGGCGGACGGAAGAAGAUUGGGUAGAGUCACCAGAGGUUCAAGCUGCUCUUUCAAAAACGGAGCUCCCAGCUGAAUUCGAGGCUCUAUACCCCUCCUCAGCCAACGUUCCUUCCCAAGGAAGUCAGCUGUUGUCUGCACAGCAACUGGCUACUUGGUACCAGAAUCGCGUUGACCAGGUCAUAACAUCGACAGGCAUGCUAGACAUCGCCUUUUCCCUUGUGCAGCAUGGUGGCUCGCUAGGUGUCCCAGACCUUGACGAGCUAGGAGAGAAUCUCAGUCUGAUGACUCGACUGGUUUACGAUAUUCCUCAGGCAUGGGCUCAAGAUGACGAGGAUUGGACUCUAGCGCGCUGGCGGAGCAUGGAACCGUCACAAGUCGUAAGCGCAUAUCUAGCGCAUUCAACCUCCUCCACCGUAGCUAAGGAUAUCUCGCGGUUAGUCAUGCCCUACCUCUUUGUUUUGGAGUCGCGGUCAGAACGAGCGGGUCAAUCCGACCCAGAUCUUCCCAACCGCCUUCUCCACAAUUAUGUUCUUGGCGCACCCUUGGAUAUCGUCGCGGCGAUAACUGAAGCGUCCAAACCCACAUUGCUUCCUCCGCAAAGGCUGAUCAAGAAUGAUGAGGACGUUGCACGGCUUGCUCUAGCUUGCCUUUACGGCAGCAAUAGCCUCACGGAGUGGAUGACAAUGAGCCGCAUUUUUGAAUGCCUUCCCGCAUGGGACAUUGGCCCAAGCCCCGAAGACCAAGCCGAUGAAGCGGACGCUACGAUCGUUUCUCUUGGAGAAUUUGUUACGCCAUCUACAGCGCACCCUCAGUGCGGCCCUAUAGACCUACUAUUCUUCUUCAAACCUCUUCCAGUCGUCUCGCUUUCGCGCGCGCUUGACAUUCUCGACGUUCAUCUUGAAUCCGGAGAAAUAUUUGCGCGGUGGAACGUACCCGCGCCAUUACGCUGGUUCCUUCAGAGCGCAAGCAACGUUACCGAACAGCGUGCUUGGGCCAAUAGAAUGGCUCGUCGCACUGGCGCCGCCGCCGACAAACUUGGAGAGAUGAAGGACUGGGAAUGGUUGCUUGAUGACAUGUUGAAACUGUGUGGGACGAAUGAAUCUGGUGUGCGAAGUGCCUUUGGACUUCUGACGGAAGAAGAGGUGUCAUCCAUAUUUUUCAGUGGGAUUUUGAGCUCUGGUCGAUUUGAUAUCGCCAAGGACCUUAUUUAUUCGAAGCACGGCAAGCUAUCCCUUAAAGCAUCUAAAAUCGAAGAUCUCUGCCUCGCUGCGUCUCACGAGUUUUAUGACAACGCAAGCUCUGCGAAUUACAAAGUUGGCAACAUGAAGCUUGCCUAUGAUUGCUUGGACGUUCCUGCACCAUCCCAGCAGUUAACAAAGGAGCGAGACUUCAUUGAAGCCACUUCCCGCCUAUCUUCAUUCAACAUCAUGUCUCGACCAGGAACCCCCAUUUCGCCCAUCGAGAUUCGGCUCACAAAAGACCGCCUCUCCCUGAUCUCCCGCGUCCUUUCGAGCAAUGCAGACGCCUACAAGCAUACACAAGUCAUUCUCGACCUCCUUCACAAACUCGGGUUUCGAGAUGACAUUGUUGCAGAGGUGAAGACCCUCGCAAUGAUAUCUGACGCUGCAUUACAAGCGGAGGAUUUCACCCGGGCAUUCGAUACGAACCAAAAGAUGAUUGACGUGGUUUUCAAGCUUCGCUCAGCUGCAUCGUUAGGAUCAGAAGACCCACGACUUCAGGAGGCCAGCGAAGUUUGCUGGCUGGCCUGCUUUCAGCUUGGGCGGCAUCCAGAAUUUCCGAACGUUGAACAGAAGCUCACACUUUUCGGCCAUGCGCUGGAACUGUGCCCAGCAGAAAAACUGAAUGACAUUUUGACCCCUUGGCGGCGACUGGAACAAGAGGGUUUGGAGGUGCGCAAGGAACGACUUGCCGAUCACUCCCCCCGUUCGAAACCUGCCGCUACCAAGCCUGUCUCUUCCCUGCAAUCACGCUUAAAUAAUCUCCACGUGCCCACCACCCCUCUUAUCAAUGCUGAGGAUGCCGCUGCCCUCGCUGGCCGAGCCUUCAGUCGUGUGGCAUCUAAUUUUCCCUUCAGAGUCGGUGGACGCGAACGUUCGGGGAGUCGUGGAGGUCAAGCCAGGUCGCAAAGUCGAGAUGAAAGUCACCACAGGCUAGACGGGGAAGAUGUUUCCGGUCAAGCAAGCCGGGCGCUCCAACGAGGCAUUGGCUGGUUGCUGGGGGCAGACGAUGAGAGCUGAGCCUAUUGAACGCUUACAUAUUGGG